CUAAAGAAGCGUCGGUUUCUUCAACGUUCCAAAUCAGCAGCAUUGUAUUUAGAACAGAGUCUCUGACAGUGACUGGGAAACGAAAAGACAUGGACGGUCAGCACGCAGUUCUGGAGGUGUUCCGGGAAACUGCGGUCCAGUCGGCAAUGAGAGAGUGGAGCUGCUGUCUGGAACAGGAGGAACCUGUUACUCCCCAUGUGAAAGAGGAAGAGGAGGAGGAGCAUGUCUCCAAGUUGAACAUUGUUAUAGUGAAGAGUGAGGAUGUGAAAGAGGAAGCUGCGGCCACACUGCUCGAUCAGUGCGAGCCUCGAACAAGCAGCUUGACUCAACACAUGAAAAUAGAAGCUGAUGGAGAGGAGUGUGGAGGACCAGUCUGUCACUCUGACCACCAGAGAUCGUCGUCUACUGAGUCUGACACAGAUGACAGUGAAGACUGGAGGGAAGCGAGGAUGUCUCAGGCAGGUCCACAGUCUGAGGAGAGAGAUGAUCACAGAUCGCUUAUUUGUUUGGGAUGUGGGAAAAUGUGUUCUUCAAAGACUGGACUGAGUCUGCACAAAAGAACAUGCACAGACGGGAACUCUCUCUCCUGCUUGGUCUGUGGGAAAAACUUUACCAGUCGCGGUUGUCUCAAGACCCAUGCAAGAAUUCACACUGGCGAAAGGCCAUUCUCUUGCACACACUGUGGAAAAUGCUUUAAUCGGAGCGGACAUCUAAUGAAGCACAUGAGAAUCCAUAUUGGGAUCAAACCGUUUGACUGUACAGAAUGCGGAAAGUGUUUUAUUGAAAAACAUGAUCUGAUGGCCCAUAUGAGAAUUCAUACCGGAGAGAAACCCUACAGUUGUCCAGAAUGUGGUAAGACUUAUAAACGUAAAUUCCAAGUGACAAUUCACAUGAAAAGUCACACAGGAGAAAAACCAUUUUGUUGUUCAGUAUGUGGGAAGGGUUUCAGUCGGAGAGGGCAUCUGACAGAUCAUACCAAGAGCCACACAGGAGAGAAACCCUUCUGCUGUGCAGAAUGUGGGAAAUGUUUUCCGCUGAAAAAUCAUCUGAAGACUCAUAUGAGGAUUCACACAGGAGAGAAACCAUUCAUCUGUUCACAGUGUGGGAAGUGCUUUAAACAGGCCGAGCAUCUUAAAGCUCACCUGAGAAGUCACACGGGAGAGAAGCCGUUUGUCUGUUCAGAAUGUGGACGGUCGUUUAGCCAGAGUCAGCAUCUAAAGACUCACAUGAGAACCCACACUGGACAGAAACAGUUCAGCUGCUCGGUAUGUGGGAAAUGCUUCACGAAGAAAGCGUAUCUUCUGGCUCACUUUGCUCGUCACUCAGAGAAACAGUAGAACUUCUUCCUUCACCUUAGUGUUUUUGUGAGCAAGACCGGACAGCAGGAAUGGGUUGAGACCCCUCAGAGAGAGUGCUUUCUGAAAGCCCACCUGGAAUGUCACGUCUCUCCUGGCAUCGCUUUUGAUGACUCAACUGUUGCAUUAACAGCAGAAACUCACUGACCAAUCAGUAUCAACUGGAAAAGGAACAGCGUCUUCACACUGAAUUGUGUUUUCACCUGGAGAUGAUAAACCAGUUCAGUUCAUUUGAACAGUUAAGUGAAAUGAACGUGGACCGUUUUUCCAGAAUCAUGUAUUUGUUUGUGUUGUUUGAUUUCACUCCAUCAGAUUUGUCAUCAUGUUCAGAAACUUAAAAUUAUGUCUUAAAUAUCAAUGUGUGGAACCAGUAGUUUCUCUGUGUGAUUACAAAGUACGACUGGCUUGCAGGUGGUCUGGUCAGUUCUUUUCACCAAAACUGCUCAAAAUGAUUCCACCUCUCGUAAAAACAAGAAAUUCCUUUGUGUGAGUCGCUGAUCUGAUUCACUCCUUUGAGGUAAGGUUCAGUUCGUUUCAAAUGUAUCAUUUAGAAUCAGAUCAUGACCAAACUGUUCAAAAACAUCUAAAGAAGACUUUUUACAGAGAGCGCGGAUGAUCACCUUGGAUAGGAAAUUCACUCCGCUGCCACAUCCCCCUGCCACAGUACCAUUGCACCUGAGUGUGUCUCUUGAUAAGGAUUCCUCAUCCAGAUUCCCAGCUCCCAACUUCCCAACUCUCCGCUUCCUCCCACGAGGAUC